CAAAACAUCCGUAUUUGAAGUGAUGAAGUCAACAUAACCUCAUUAAUAAUAAUUAAUAAAAAUAUUAUGCUCAGACUAAUUUAUGCUCAAGCAAUUGCUCAUGAACAAUGCGUUAGUUUAAUAUUAUAACAAACAGUAAGUGUGCCAUAUAAUGGCACUGAAUGUUAGUCAAGAUGGUACAUUUGGUGCCCCUUUUACUGUUACGUUUAAAGAAAUGUGCGAAAUAUUUAUUUAGUGUAGUGAGGAAUCGGAAUCCAUCAAUAUAUUAUGUCUACGCAAUAUUUUUAUUAGUAUUUAUUAUAGAAGUUGUAACAUAUUACUGCAUGGUGUUUUAUUGGCAUGACAUACAGUGUUAUGAUAGAAAUAAAUGUACAAGGAUGCUGAUAGUUGCAGACCCUCAACUAAUUGGUUUGCAUAAUGAAGUUGUUCCCCAACUAACCUCGAUAGCAAUAUGGGAUAGUGAUAGAUACUUGUCCAAAACAUUUUGGCAAGCAUACCGUUUUAUAGAUCCUGAUGUUGUGAUAUUCCUUGGCGAUUUACUGGACGAAGGCUCAACUGCAGAUGACAAAGAAUUCAACUUAUAUGUUGAUCGCUUUUAUAACAUUUUUGAAAAUCAAGAAAAUGUUUUGAAUAUAUGGAUUGCCGGCGAUAACGAUAUAGGAGGAGAAUAUCCUGAUUAUGUCACAUAUCAUAAAAUACAACGGUUUACAAAGGCUUUUUCGCAACCUGAUGUAAUCACUUACCGAGACGUCACAUGUGUUAAGGCCAAUACUUUUCAAUAUAAAUUGCCGAUUAUGCCAGAAUUGGCAAACAUAACGAAUUUCAACAUUGUGCUAAGUCAUGUUCCAUUAUUGUCAAGUUUGUCUUCUUUUGUAGAUAAAAUGCGACUCAUCCAAAAUUUCUGUUUGCGGCCCAUACUCAUAACUCAAUGGUAAUUACUACUCGUCAGAAGUCACGACACAACCGAGCUAUAACUCCAAUCAAUCCCGAUGACGACAUCCAUGUUUACAACUUAAAUACGGGCGAUUUAUUUGAAAUUAUUGUACCUACAUGUUCUUACAGAAUGGGUACUUUUAAUAUUGGCUAUGGGUUUGCAGUUGUAGACAAGGCGUCACUGCAGUAUACAGUCCUUUGGUCUCCUUCCCGGUUUUUCCAGUUAAAAAUUUAUGGAAUCUUUUGCAUUGUUUUUAUUUUAUGUGGCUUAUAUAAAUGUACAAAAAGAACUAAAGCUUAUACAACAAUUCAUCCUACUGUGUAAUAUUGUAGGAGUUGCUUGGUGAUUAUCGAAUGUAUGAUCCGUCCUCAAUUCUGCCAUGAUGAUCUUAAACAUUUACUAUUGCUAAUUUAUUGUAGCAUUGUUACUCAUAAUAAAUAUAAAUAUUUCAUAACUGUUCA